GGCAACAGGAAGGCAGUCAUGGAGUUUAGGCUGUAAGUCAUGUGGCUUAAACAACUUUUCCUUGCUUCUUGGCUGCUCCUAUUAAUAGCAGCCACCGACGGUCGCCGUAAUCGUCAUCGUAUAUACCCAAGUGGUAUUUCGAAUGGCCGUCUGCACAACAGAUACAUCACAGCAUCCAGUCAAUGGGACAAAAACCACGCCCCAUGGCUUGCUCGUCUGAAUCGCAAACGACGUGGACGUCUAGUUGGAGGGUGGUCAGCUCGUAGAAAUAACAGGGGUCAAUGGAUUCAGUUCAACUUUAGAUCGCCGAAGAAUAUUUACAAGGUUGUAACUCAAGGAAGAAGCGAUGCGAACCAGUGGGUGACCAGCUUUACCAUCCGUUACAGUGUAAAUGGAAGACGAUGGUUGUGGUAUAGAAGGAAAAGCGUACCUAAGGUCUUUCCAGGAAAUCGCAACCGAAACUCACUGAGAUGGAAUAGAUUUCGCCCAUUAAUUACAGCUAAAUAUGUUCGAAUCUAUCCAAGAACCUGGCAUGGACACAUUUCUCUGAGAGCGGAGUUCUAUGUCAGUAGAGCAUCUCGUUAUAAGUUGCCAAUGGGUCUGGAGAACAAAAAAAUUCCUUCUUGGGCAAUAAGAGCUUCAUCGCAAUGGGACCGCAACCAUGGCCCAUCACGUGCUCGACUCAACACGGUUCGACGUGGAAGGAAGACAGGAGCAUGGUCUGCUAGAAAGAAUAAUAGACGACAAUGGAUCCAAGUGAACUUUGGAAAGCCAACCAUCAUCAGUAAGAUUCUUACUCAAGGUCGUCAAGAUGCGAACCAGUGGGUCAAGUCAUACACUGUAUCGUACAGCAACAAUGGAAGGCACUUUAGGCCUUACAGAGUUAGGGGGCGAGUGAGAACAUUCCGGGCAAACAGAAACAGAAAUUCCAUUGUUGUACGUUGCUUGAGGCCGUACAUUCGAGCACGUUUUAUUAGAAUCCAUCCUCAAACUUGGCAUUCACACAUCUCUAUGAGAAUUGAUUUCAGGGGGAUGCAUAAAGGAGUGGCUUUACCCAAACUCCGUGCCCUUGGAAUGCAGAGCGGUCGCAUCCGUAACAACCAGAUUCGUGCAUCCUCAAGCUGGGACCGUAACCACGGUCCCUUCUUGGCCAGACUAAACAGACGUGCACGAGGAAGAUAUCAAGGUGGAUGGUCAUCAAGACAUAACAACCGUAACCAGUACAUACAGGUGAAUUUCCGACGUCUCAAAAAAAUUAUUGCCAUUGCAACACAAGGUCGCCAGAACGCUAACCAGUGGGUUACAAGUUACUACAUAACCUACAGUUUGAAUAGAAUACGCUAUAUACCGUUCACAUAUCGAGGUAGACGUAAGAAAUUCCGUGGAAACAGGAAUCGAAAUGGAAUAGUUCGACACAUGCUGAGACCAAGCAUCAAAGCAAGAAGCAUCCGUAUUCACCCAAUCAGCUGGAGAAGCCAUAUUUCAAUGAGAUUUGAGCUGUAUGGUCGCAACGCUGCAUCUAGAUCUCCGGCUCUUGGAGUUCAAGACGGACGUAUUCCUGACUCAGCUUUAAGUGCUUCAUCCAUGUGGGACCAUAAACACAGACCAGCAAAUGCCAGACUCAACUUAUAUCGUCGAGGACAGGCUGGUGCAUGGUGUUCAAGACACAACAGAUAUGGCCAGUGGCUGCAAAUUGAUAUUGGAAGCCUUGCCCUCGUGACUGGUAUUGCUACACAGGGACGACAAGACUAUAGUCAAUGGGUGACAAGAUACCGACUGAGGUACAGCAGAAACGGACGAAGAUUCCCGUUCUAUGGAGCUGGCAGAAGAAUCUAUAGUUUACGUGGCAACAAAGACAGGACUUCCGUCGUCUACCACCGUCUACGACCAUUCUCUGCUCGAUAUGUCCGUAUCUACCCACAAAAAUGGCAUGGUCAUAUGUCUAUGAGAGUUGAACUUUAUGGUCGCCGAUACACUCGAGUACCUCGCGGAAAAGCACUUGGUAUCUCCAACCGUCGCCUACCGAACAGAUACAUCACUGCAUCAAGUCAGUGGAACAGAUACCACGCCUCAUGGCUCGCUCGUCUUCACCAGAAGCGAAGAGGCAGGUACAUGGGUGGAUGGUCUGCCAAGAGAAACAGACGUGGAGAAUGGAUUCAGUUUGAUUUGAGAAGGUUCAAAAAGAUCUACAAGAUUGCCACCCAAGGUCGUAGCCACCACAACCAGUUCGUAAAGAGCUACAUUGUUAAGUACAGUUUGGACGGACGACGCUGGAUGUCCUACAAAGUGAACAGUGUAGUUAAGAUUCUUCCUGGAAACAGAGAUCGAAACACAGUUAAACAAAACUUGUUUAACCCUCCCAUCAUCGCACGCUUUGUUCGUAUCUACCCAUGGACUUGGCAUGCUCAUAUGUCUCUCAGGGCUGAACUUUAUGGUGUCAACCAAGGAAGGAACAGAAUCCCACUAGGUUUGGAAGAUCGCACGAUUCCCAACUACGCCAUCAGAGCCUCCUCACAGUGGGAUGGUAACCAUGCACCAUAUCUUGCUCGUCUUAACAACAUCAGACGCGGAAGGAAGGUUGGUGGAUGGUCUUCCAGAAGGAACCACCGAGGUCAAUGGAUUCAGGUCGAUUUAAGAAGACAUACAGCCGUCACAGGGAUUCGUACUCAAGGUCGUCAAGAUGCGAACCAGUGGGUCAAGACAUACACUGUGACUUACAGCAACAAUGGAAGACGCUUCAUAACAUACAAAGUCCGUGGACGAGCCAGGGUUUUCGUUGCAAAUCGCGACCGAAACACUGUCAUAAGUCGUCGUCUGAAACCAGCAAUACGAGCACGUUACGUCAGAAUCUACCCAAGAACAUGGCAGGGUCACAUGUCACUGAGAAUGGAAUUACUUGGAAGGCGAAGAUUUGGACCAAUAAGACCUCCACGUCGAUUACGGGCCCUUGGAAUGCAGAGUGGUUACAUCCGUAACAACCAAAUUCGUGCAUCCUCAAACUGGGACCGUAACCACGGUGCCUUCUUGGCCAGACUACACAGACGUGCACGAGGAAGAUACCAAGGUGGUUGGUCAGCAAGACAUAAUAACCGUAACCAGUACAUACAGGUGAAUUUCCGUCGCCCUAAACUAGUUACCGCAGUUGCUACACAAGGUCGCCAGAACGCCAACCAAUGGGUCACUCGCUACUACAUCACUUAUAGCCUGGAUAAAAGACACUUUCUAUCUUUCAAAAAACGUGGUCGUACAAAGAUAUUCAAUGCCAACCGUAAUCGUAACACAGUGGUUCUCAGAAGACUACGACCAGCCAUCAGAGCUCUGAGUGUUCGUAUCCACCCCGUCAGCUGGAAAUCACACAUUUCCAUGAGGCUGGAACUGUACGGAAGGAAUGCAGGUGCACGUCGCUUGCCUCUUGGUGUUGAAGACCGUCGUAUUCCAGACCGUGCUUUCAGCUCAUCAUCAAGUUGGGACAAAAACCACAAACCAGCAAAUGCCAGGCUCAACUUAUAUCGACGAGGACAAGCAGGAGCGUGGUGUGCAAGACACAACAGGCAUGGACAGUGGCUUCAAGUAGAUAUUGGACGUCUUGCCCGAGUUACCGGUAUUGCUACCCAAGGACGACACGACUAUAAUCAAUGGGUGAAAAGCUUCUACGUGAAAUAUAGUACGAAUGGAAGACGAUUUAUACCCUAUAAAUAUGGCAGAAGAUUAGUGACAUUUCGAGCUAAUCGUAACAGGAAUUCCAUAGUAUACAACCGAUUUGCUCGUCCUCUGAAAGCACGUUUUGUACGUGUUUACCCAAGAACCUGGCAUGGACACAUUUCUAUGAGGCUCGAACUGUAUGGACGACGAUAUGCUGGCCGUCCUCGUCCUCGUUUAUACCCAAGUGGUAUUUCCAAUGGCCGUCUGCACAACAGAUACAUCACAGCAUCCAGCCAAUGGGACAGAAACCACGCCCCAUGGCUUGCUCGUCUGCAUCGUAAACGACGUGGACGUCUAGUUGGUGGAUGGUCAGCUCGUAAAAAUAACAGGGGUCAAUGGAUUCAGUUUAACUUGAGAUCACCAAAGAAUAUCUUCAAGAUUGUAACUCAAGGACGAAGUGACACGAACCAGUGGGUGACAAGCUUUAUCAUCCGUUACAAUGUAGAUGGAAGACGAUGGGUGUGGUACAAAAGGAAUAGUGUAACUAAGGUUUUACCAGGAAACCGUGAUAGAAGUUCACUGAAAGAAAAUUACUUCAAACCAACGAUCACAGCUCAGUAUGUACGAAUCUACCCAAGAACAUGGCAAGGACACAUCUCCCUCAGGACUGAGCUCUACGGUAGACGAGCAUCACUUUAUGAAAUACCGAUUGGCGUGGAAGAUGGAAAGAUACCAUCCAGAAACUUCAGAGCUUCAUCGCAAUGGAACCGCAACCAUGGUCCAUCACGUGCUCGACUCAACACUGUUCGACGUGGAAGGAAGACAGGAGCAUGGUCUGCUAGAAAGAAUAAUAGACGACAAUGGAUCCAAGUUGACUUUGGGAGAGCAACCAUCAUCAGUAAGAUUCUUACCCAGGGUCGUCAAGAUGCGAACCAGUGGGUCAAGUCAUACACUGUAACGUACAGCAACAAUGGAAGACACUUUAAGCCUUACAAGUUAAGAGGAAGAGUGAGGGUGUUGCUUGGUAACACGGACAGAAGCACUGUUGUUACUCGUAGCUUAAGGCCUUACAUUAGAGCUCGUUAUAUCAGAAUCCAUCCACGAACGUGGCACUCACACAUCUCUAUGAGAAUAGGACUCAGAGGAAGACGAUUAGGAAGAUUACCAAAACCUCGCCUCCGUGCCCUUGGAAUGCAGAACGGUCGCAUCCGUAACAACCAGAUUCGUGCAUCCUCAAGCUGGGACCGUAACCACGGUCCCUUCUUGGCCAGACUAAACAGACGUGCACGAGGAAGAUACCAAGGUGGUUGGUCAGCAAGACAUAAUAACCGAAAGCAGUACAUACAGGUCAAUUUCCGUCGUCCUAAAAAAGUUACAGCCAUUGCAACGCAAGGUCGUCAGAACGCCAACCAGUGGGUUACAAGUUACUACAUAACCUACAGCUUGGAUAAUGUACACUUUAUACGACACAGAUCACGUGGUCGAUAUACGGUAUUCCGCGGAAACAGAAACCGCAAUAGCAUAGUUCGACACGUUCUAAGACCAAGCAUCAAAGCAAGAAGCAUUCGUAUUCACCCAAUCAGCUGGAGAGGCCAUAUUUCCAUGAGACUUGAGCUGUAUGGUCGCAACGCUGGAAACAGAGCCCUUGGAGUUCAAGAUGGCCGUAUUCCCGACUCAGCAUUCAGCGCCUCGUCCAUGUGGGACCGCAAACACAGACCAGCAAAUGCCAGACUCAACUUAUAUCGAAAGGGACAAGCUGGUGCAUGGUGUUCAAGACACAACAGAUAUGGCCAGUGGCUGCAAAUUGAUAUUGGAAGCCUUGCCCUCGUGACUGGUAUUGCUACCCAGGGACGACAAGACCAUAGUCAAUGGGUGACAAGAUACCGACUGAGGUACAGCAGAGACGGACGACGUUUCCCGUUUUAUAGAGCUGGAAGAAGGAUUUAUAGUUUACGUGGCAACAAAGACAGGACUUCCGUGGUUUUCCACCGUCUACGACCAUUCUCUGCUCGAUAUGUCCGCAUCUACCCACAAUCCUGGCACCGUCAUAUGUCUAUGAGAGUAGAACUGUAUGGUCGCCGAUACACUCCUACUCGAGUACCAGCUGCAUGUGGUAUUUCCAACAAGCGUCUGCCCAACAGAUACAUCACAGCAUCAAGUCAAUGGAACAGAUACCACGCCCCAUGGCUCGCUCGUCUGCACCUGAAGCGAAGAGGAAGGUACAUGGGUGGAUGGUCUGCCAAGAGAAACAGACGUGGAGAAUGGAUUCAGUUUGACUUGAGAAGGUUUAAAAAGAUCUACAAGAUUGCUACCCAAGGUCGUAGCCACUACAACCAGUUUGUAAAGAGUUACAUUGUUAAGUACAGUGUAGACGGUCGACGCUGGGUGCCCUACAAAGUGAACAGUGUGGUUAAGGUUCUUCCUGGAAACAGAGAUCGAAACACAGUGAAAGUGAACUUAUUUAACCCUCCAAUCAUUGCUCGCUUUGUGCGUAUCUAUCCAUGGACUUGGCAUGCACAUGUGUCGCUGAGGGCUGAGCUGUAUGGCUUCAAUCAACGAUACAAUAAACUUCCUCUUGGUCUGGAAGACGGCAAGAUCCCUAACUAUGCCAUCAGAGCCUCCUCACAGUGGGAUGGUAACCAUGCACCAUAUCUUGCUCGUCUUAACAACAUUAGACGCGGAAGGAAAGUUGGUGGAUGGUCUUCCAGAAGGAACAGCCGAGGACAAUGGAUCCAGGUUGCUUUAGGAUCAUACACAACCAUCACAGGCAUUCGCACUCAAGGUCGUCAAGAUGCAAACCAGUGGGUCAAGACAUACACUGUGGCUUACAGCAACAAUGGAAGGAACUUCAGAACAUACAAAGUCCGUGGACGCGCCAGGAUCUUUUUAGCAAAUAGCAAUCGAAACACUGUUGUAACUCGUUAUUUGAGACCUGCAAUUCGAGCACGUUACGUCAGAAUCUAUCCAAGAACCUGGCAGGGUCAUAUGUCAUUGAGAAUGGAAUUACUUGGAAGACGAAAACAAGGUCCAAUAAAGCCUCCAAGACGAGCAAAAGCACUUGGAAUGCAGAGCGGUCGUAUCCGUAACAACCAGAUCCGUGCAUCCUCAAACUGGAACCGUUACCACGGUGCCUUCUUGGCCAGACUAAACAGACGUGCACGAGGAAGAUAUCAAGGUGGUUGGUCAGCAAGACACAAUAACCGUAACCAGUAUAUACAGGUAAAAUUCCGUCGCGCCAAAAAAAUUACGGCAGUUGCAACACAAGGUCGCCAGAACGCCAACCAAUGGGUUACAAGAUACUACAUAUCCUAUAGUUUGGAUAACAUACGCUACGUGCCGUAUCAAGCAGGUGGUCGUAAAAAGAUAUUUGCUGCCAACCGUAAUCGUAACUCAGUGGUUCUCAGAAGACUACGACCAGCCAUCAGAGCUCUGAGUGUUCGCAUCCACCCCGUCAGCUGGAAAUCACAUAUUUCCAUGAGGCUGGAACUGUACGGAAGAAAUGCAGCUUUAAAUCGCUUGCCCCUUGGUGUUGAAGAUCGUCGUAUUCCAGACCGUGCUUUCAGUGCCUCGUCCAUCUGGGACCACAAUCACAGAGCAUCAAACGCAAGACUCAACACCGUUCGACGAGGACGUAGAACAGGAGCGUGGUCUGCUAGACACAAUCGACGUAGACAGUGGCUUCAGGUUGAUAUUGGAAGUCUUGCCCGAGUUACCGGUAUUGCUACCCAAGGACGACAAGACGCAAAUCAAUGGGUGAGAAGCUUCUACGUAACGUAUAGUACAAAUGGAAGGCGAUUUGUACCCUACAGGCAUGGAAGGCGAACAGUGACAUUCCGAGGAAAUAGUAACAGAAAUACCAUAGUAUACAACAGAUUUGUUCGUCCUCUGAGAGCACGUUUUGUACGUGUUUACCCAAGAAGCUGGCAGGGACACAUUUCUAUGAGGUUGGAACUGUAUGGACGAAGAUACGCUCGCCGUCCUCGUGUAUUCCCAAGUGGUAUUUCCAAUGGCCGUCUGCCCAACAGAUACAUCACAGCGUCCAGUCAAUGGGACAAAAACCACGCGCCAUGGCUUGCUCGUCUGAAUCGCAAACGACGUGGACGUCUAGUUGGAGGAUGGUCAGCUCGUAAAAAUAACAGGGGUCAAUGGAUUCAGUUUAACUUGAGAGCACCAAAGAGGAUUUACAAGAUUGUAACUCAAGGAAGAAGCGACACGAACCAGUGGGUGAAAAGCUUUAUCAUCCGUUACAGUGUAGAUGGAAGACGAUGGGUGUGGUACAAAAGGAAUAGUGUAACUAAGGUGUUUCCUGGAAACCGCGACAGAAAUUCCUUGAGAGAAAACAAUUUUGGUACACCAAUCACAGCUCAGUAUAUCCGCAUUUACCCAAGAACAUGGCACGCACACGUAUCUCUCAGGGCGGAGCUCUAUGUUAGACAUGCAUCUCGAUAUGAGUUGCCCAUGGGUGUCGAAGACGGAUUGAUUCCUUCCAGAAACUUCAGAGCUUCGUCGCAAUGGGACCGCAACCAUGGACCAUCACGCGCUCGACUCAACACUGUUCGACGUGGAAGGAAGACAGGAGCAUGGUCUGCUAGAAAGAAUAAUAGACGACAAUGGAUCCAAGUCGACUUUGGAAGAGCAACCAUCGUCAGUAAGAUUCUUACUCAAGGUCGUCAAGAUGCGAACCAGUGGGUCAAGUCAUACACUGUAUCGUACAGCAACAAUGGAAGACGCUUCAGAUCCUAUAGAGUAAGAAGAAGAGUGAGGGUUUUCUUAGCCAACUCAGAUAGAAACACUGUUGUUAUUCGUCGCUUGAAACCAUACAUUCGCACUCGAUUUAUCCGAAUCCAUCCUCGAACCUGGCAAUCUCACAUUUCUAUGAGAAUUGCAUUCAGGGGUAAACGUUUAGGAAUAAGGAAACUCCGACUCCGUGCACUGGGAAUGCAGAGCGGUCGCAUCCGUAACAACCAGAUUCGUGCAUCCUCAAACUGGAACCGUUACCACGGUGCCUUCCUGGCCAGACUCAACAGACGUGCACGAGGCAGAUACCAAGGUGGUUGGUCAGCAAGAUACAACAACCGUAAACAGUAUAUUCAAGUUAGUUUCCGUCGUGUUAAAAAAGUAACCGCAGUUGCGACGCAAGGCCGCCAGAACGCCAACCAAUGGGUCACGCGUUACUACAUCACCUACAGCUUGGACAAACUUCACUAUAGACCAUACGUUGUAAACGGUCGAAGAAAGAUAUUCCGGGGUAACAAAAACCGCAACACAAUAGUUCGACACGUUCUGAAACCAAACAUCAUUGCAAGAAGUAUUCGUAUUCACCCAGUCAGCUGGAGAGGUCAUAUUUCCAUGAGACUUGAGCUGUAUGGUCGCAAUACUGCAACCAAAUCUUUACCUCUUGGAGUCGAAGAUGGCCGUAUUCCUGACUCAGCAUUCAGCGCCUCAUCCAUGUGGGACCGCAAGCACAGACCAGCAAAUGCUAGACUCAACUUAUAUCGAAGGGGACAAGCAGGGGCAUGGUGUUCAAGGCACAACAGAUAUGGCCAGUGGUUACAAAUUGAUAUUGGAAGCCUGGCUCUUGUGACUGGUAUUGCUACCCAGGGAAGACACGACUAUAAUCAAUGGGUGAGAAAAUACCGACUGAGGUACAGCAGAGACGGACGAAGAUUCCCGUUCUACGGAGCCGGCAGAAGUAUCUAUAGCUUCCGUGGUAAUAAGAACAGGAACUCUGUCGUAUUCCAACGUUUACGAAGACCCAUCUCUGCUCGAUAUGUCCGUAUCUACCCACAAUCCUGGCAUGGUCAUAUGUCUAUGAGAGUUGAACUUUAUGGUCGAAGAUACGCUAAAAAACGUCUACCUGUCUCGUGUGGUAUUUCCAACAAGCGACUACCCAACAGAUACAUCACAGCUUCAAGUCAAUGGAACAAAUACCACGCCCCAUGGCUCGCUCGUCUACACCUGAAGCGAAGAGGCAGGUACAUGGGUGGAUGGUCUGCCAAGAGAAACAGACGUGGAGAAUGGAUUCAGUUUGACUUGAGAAGGUUUAAAAAGAUCUACAAGAUCGUCACCCAAGGUCGAAGCCACGCCAACCAGUUUGUAAAGAGUUACAUUGUUAAGUACAGUUUGGACGGACGACGCUGGGUGCCCUACAAAGUGAACAGUGUGGUUAAGGUUCUUCCUGGAAAUAGGCAUCACAAGUCAGUGAAAGAGAACUUGUUUAACCCUCCCAUCAUCGCACGCUUUGUUCGUAUCUACCCAUGGACUUGGCAUGCACAUAUGUCGCUGAGGGCUGAGUUGUAUGGCUUCAACCAAAGAAAAAACAACGUUCCUAUUGGUCUGGAAGAUGGCAAGAUUCCCAACUUUGCCAUCAGAGCCUCCUCACAGUGGGAUGGUAACCAUGCACCAUAUCUUGCUCGUCUUAACAACAUUAGACGAGGAAGGAAGGUUGGUGGAUGGUCUUCCAAAAAGAACCAACGAGGACAAUGGAUUCAGGUUGCUUUAGGAUCAUACACAACCAUCACAGGCAUUCGUACUCAAGGUCGUCAAGAUGCCAACCAGUGGGUCAAAACAUACACUGUAGCUUACAGCAACAAUGGAAAGCGCUUUAAAACAUACAGAGUUCGUAGACGUGUUAGGGUGUUCCAGGCAAAUAGUGAUCGAAACACCGUCGUAACUCGUCGACUAAGACCAGCAAUUCGAGCUCGUUACGUCAGAAUCUAUCCAAGAACCUGGCAGGGUCACAUGUCACUGAGAAUGGAAGUACUUGGAAAACGAAAACAGAGACCAAUAAAACCUCCAAGACGAGCAAAAGCACUCGGAAUGCAGAGCGGUCGUAUCCGUAACAACCAGAUCCGUGCAUYCUCAAACUGGGACCGUAACCACGGUGCCUUCUUGGSCAGACUAAACAGACGUGCACGAGGAAGAUAUCAAGGUGGUUGGUCAGCAAGACACAAUAACCGUAACCAGUACAUACAGGUGACUUUCCGUCGUCCUAAAAAAGUUACAGCUGUUGCAACACAAGGUCGCCAGAACGCCAACCAGUGGGUUACAAGUUAUUACAUAAGCUUCAGUUUGGACAAAGUUCACUUCACACCAUUUGUAUCACAAGGUCGAGUUAAGAUAUUCAGCGCAAAUCGCAAUCGUAACACAGUGGUACGUCGACAAAUCCGACCCGCUAUCAGAGCAUUGAGUGUUCGUAUCCAUCCCGUCAGCUGGAAGUCACAUAUUUCCAUGAGACUGGAACUUUAUGGAAGAAAUGCAGCUAAGAAUCGUUUGUCUCUUGGCGUCGAAGACCGUCGUAUUCCAGAACGCGCUUUCAGUUCAUCUUCAAACUGGGACAACAACCACAGAGCAUCAAACGCAAGACUCAACACCGUUCGACGAGGACGUAGAACAGGAGCGUGGUCUGCUAGACACAACCGACGUGGACAGUGGCUUCAAGUUGAUAUUGGAAGUCUUGCCCGAGUUACCGGUAUUGCUACCCAAGGACGACAAGACGCAAAUCAAUGGGUCACAAGCUUUUACGUGACGUAUAGUACAAAUGGCAGACGAUUUAUACCCUACAGGCAUGGAAGACGAACAGUGAUAUUCCGAGGAAAUCGUAAUAGAAAUUCCAUAGUUUUCAACCGAUUUGUUCGUCCUCUGAGAGCAAAAUUUGUACGAGUUUACCCAAGAAGCUGGCAUGGACACAUUUCUAUGAGGUUGGAACUGUAUGGACGAAGAUACGCUCGCCGUCCUCGUAUAUUCCCAAGUGGUAUUUCAAAUGGCCGUCUACCCAACAAAUACAUCACAGCAUCCAGUCAAUGGGACAAAAACCACGCCCCAUGGCUUGCUCGUCUGAAUCGUAAACGACGUGGACGUCUAGUUGGAGGAUGGUCAGCUCGUAAAAAUAAUAGAAGACAAUGGAUUCAGUUUAACUUGAGAACGCCAAAGAGAAUCUACAAGAUUGUGACUCAAGGACGUAGCGAUGCGAACCAGUGGGUUAAAAGCUUUACCAUUCUUUACAGUCAAGAUGGAAGACGAUGGGUGCCCUACAAAAAGAACAGUCUCACUCAGGUUUUCCGUGGAAACCGAGACAGAAAUUCGCUGAAGGAAAAUUACUUUAGCCAACCAAUCGUAGCUCAGUAUGUGCGAAUCUACCCAAGAACAUGGCAAGGACACAUCUCUCUGAGGGCGGAGUUCUACGUCAGGCCAGCUUCUCGUUAUGUCCUACCUCUGGGUAUGGAGGAUGGCAAGAUUCCUUCCAGAGCCAUCAGAGCUUCAUCACAAUGGAACAGCAACCAUGGUCCAUCACGUGCUCGACUCAACACUGUUCGACGUGGAAGGAAGACAGGAGCAUGGUCCGCUAGAAAGAAUAAUAGACGACAAUGGAUCCAAGUGGACUUUGGAAGAGCAACCAUCAUCAGUAAGAUUCUUACCCAAGGUCGCCAAGAUGCGAACCAGUGGGUCAAGUCAUACACUGUAUCGUACAGCAACAAUGGAAGACGCUUCAGACCCUAUAGAGUAGGAAGAAGAGUAAGGGUGUUCCUUGGUAAUACGGAUAGAAACACGGUUGUUGCUCGUUUCUUGAAGCCUUACAUUACAGCGAGAUUUAUCAGAAUCCAUCCUCGUACCUGGCAAUCACACAUCUCUAUGAGAAUAGAUUUUAGAGGAAGGCGAAAAGGAGUAAGACGCCCAGUACCAUUACGAGCUCUUGGAAUGCAGAGCGGUCGUAUCCGUAACAACCAGAUCCGUGCAUCCUCAAACUGGAACCGUUACCACGGUGCCUUCUUGGCCAGACUAAACAGACGUGCACGAGGAAGAUACCAAGGUGGUUGGUCAGCAAGAUACAACAACCGUAACCAGUAUAUACAGGUGAAAUUCCGUCGCCCCAAAACUAUUACAGCGGUUGCAACACAAGGUCGACAAAACGCCGACCAAUGGGUAAAAGGCUACUACAUCACUUACAGUCUGGAUAACUUACAUUACACUCCAUAUCUAUCGCGUGGUCGAAGAAAGGUAUUCCGUGGAAACAGGAACCGCAACGGAAUAGUUCGACACUUACUGAAACCAAAUAUCAAAGCAAGAAGCAUUCGUAUCCACCCAGUCAGCUGGAGAAGUCAUAUUUCAAUGAGACUUGAACUAUAUGGAAAAAAUGCUGCUACCAGAUCAUUGCCUCUUGGAGUCGAAGAUAGGCGUAUUCCUGACUCAGCUUUAAGCGCCUCGUCCAUGUGGGGCCGCAAGCAUAGACCAGCAAAUGCCAGACUCAACUUAUAUCGACGAGGACAAGCAGGAGCGUGGUGUCCUAGACCUAGCAGAUAUGGUCAAUGGUUACAGAUUGAUAUUGGAAGCCUGGCUCUUGUGACUGGUAUUGCUACCCAGGGAAGACACGACUAUAGUCAAUGGGUGAAAAGAUAUCGACUGAGGUACAGCAAAGAUGGACGAAGAUUCCCAUUCUACGGAGCCGGCAGAAGCAUCUAUAGCUUCCGUGGUAACAGAAAUAGAAAUUCGGUCGUAUACCACCGUUUACGACCCUUCUCCGCUCGCUAUGUACGUUUCUACCCACAAUCCUGGCACAGAAGUAUCGCAAUGAGAGUGGAAGUGUAUGGUCAUCGAUAUAAAAAACCUCGUCUACCUCGCCCUUGUGGUAUUUCCAACAAGCGUUUACCCAACAGAUACAUCACAGCUUCUAGUCAAUGGGACAAAAAUCACGCCCCAUGGCUCGCUCGUCUAAACCUGAAGCGAAGAGGCAAGCACAUGGGUGGAUGGUCUGCCAGGAGAAACAGACGUGGAGAAUGGAUUCAGUUUGACUUGAGAAGGUUUAAAAAGAUCUACAAGAUUGCCACUCAAGGCCGCAGCCACGCUAACCAGUUUGUAAAGAGCUACAUUGUCAAGUACAGUGUGGACGGACGACGCUGGGUGCCCUACAAAGUGAACAGUGUGGUUAAGGUACUCCCUGGUAAUAGAGAUCGAAACACAGUGAAAGUGAACUUAUUUAACCCUCCAAUCAUCGCACGCUUUGUUCGUAUCUACCCAUGGACUUGGCAUGCACAUAUGUCGCUGAGGGCUGAGCUGUAUGGCUUCAACCAACGAGUCAACAGCAUCCCUCUUGGUCUGGAAGAUGGCAAGAUCCCUAACUAUGCCAUCAGAGCCUCCUCACAGUGGGAUGGUAACCAUGCACCAUAUCUUGCUCGUCUUAACAACAUUAGACGAGGAAGGAAGGUUGGUGGAUGGUCUUCCAGAAGAAACCAACGAGGACAAUGGAUUCAGGUUGCUUUAGGAUCAUACACAACCAUCACAGGCAUUCGUACUCAAGGUCGUCAAGAUGCCAACCAGUGGGUCAAAACAUACACUGUAGCUUACAGCAACAAUGGAAAGCGCUUUAAAACAUACAGAGUUCGUAGACGUGUUAGGGUCUUCUUGGGAAAUAGUGACCGAAACACUGUCGUAACUCGUCGACUAAGACCAGCAAUUCGAGCACGUUACAUCAGAAUCUAUCCAAGAACGUGGCAGGGUCACAUGUCCCUGAGAAUGGAUGUACUUGGAAAGCGAAGGCAAGGAGCAAUUAAGCCUCCAGUAUCAUUCCGUGCCCUUGGAAUGCAGAGCGGACGCAUCCGUAACAACCAGAUUCGUGCAUCCUCGAACUGGGACCGUAACCACGGUGCCUUCUUGGCCAGACUAAACAGACGUGCACGAGGAAGAUAUCAAGGUGGAUGGUCAGCAAGACAUAAUAACCGUAACCAGUUUAUACAGGUGAAUUUCCGUCGACCUAAACGAAUCACGGCAGUUGCCACACAAGGUCGCCAGAACGCCAACCAAUGGGUUACCAGAUACUACAUAUCCUAUAGUUUGGAUAAAAUACAUUAUACGUCAUUCAUGUCUGGUGGUCGAAGAAAGAUAUUCACUGCCAACCGUGAUCGUAACACAGUUGUUCGUCGACGAAUACGACCAGCCAUCAGAGCUCUGAGUGUUCGCAUUCACCCUGUCAGCUGGAAAUCUCAUAUUUCCAUGAGACUCGAACUGUACGGAAGGAACGCAGGUAUACAUCGUUUGCCUCUUGGUGUUGAAGACCGUCGUAUUCCAGCACGCGCUUUCAGUGCCUCAUCCAUCUGGGACCCCAACCACAGAGCAUCAAACGCAAGACUCAAUUCUAUUCGACGAGGACGUAGAACAGGAGCGUGGUCUGCUAGACACAAUCGACGUGGACAGUGGCUUCAGGUUGAUAUCGGAAGUCUUGCCCGAGUUACCGGUAUUGCUACUCAAGGACGACAAGACGCAAAUCAAUGGGUGAAAAGCUUCUACGUUACGUAUAGUACAAAUGGAAGACGAUUUAUACCCUACAGGCAUGGAAGACGAACAGUGAUAUUCCGAGGAAAUCGUAACAGGAAUUCCAUAGUAUACAACCGAUUUGUUCGUUCUCUGAGAGCACGUUUUGUACGUGUUUACCCAAGAAGCUGGCAGGGACACAUUUCUAUGAGGUUGGAACUGUAUGGACGAAGAUAUGUUCGUCGUCCUCAUAUAUUCCCAAGUGGUAUUUCCAAUGGCCGUCUACCCAACAAAUACAUCACAGCAUCCAGCCAAUGGGACAGAAACCACGCCCCAUGGCUCGCUCGUCUGAAUCGCAAACGACGGGGACAUCAAGUUGGAGGAUGGUCUGCUCGUAAAAAUAACAAGAGACAAUGGAUUCAGUUUAACUUGGGAUCACCAAAGAAGAUCUACAAGGUUGUAACUCAAGGAAGAAGCGACGCAAACCAAUGGGUUAAAAGCUUUACCAUCCGUUACAGUCAAGAUGGAAGACGUUGGGUGUCCUACAAAAAGAACAGUCUUACCAAGAUCUUUCCCGCAAACCGUGACCGAAACUCACUAAAGGAAAACCUCUUCAGGCCAUCAAUCACAGCUCAGUUUGUACGAAUCUACCCAAGAACAUGGCAUUCACAUAUCUCCCUUAGGGCUGAGUUUUAUGUGGGAAGAGCAUCUCUCAACGAGUUACCUUUGGGUAUUGAGGAUGGAAAGAUUCCUUCUUUGGCAAUAAGAGCUUCAUCGCAAUGGGACCGCAACCAUGGUCCAUCACGCGCUCGACUCAACACUGUUCGACGUGGAAGGAAGACAGGAGCAUGGUCUGCUAGAAGGAAUGAUAGACGACAAUGGAUCCAAGUUGACUUUGGAAAACCAACCAUCAUCAGUAAGAUUCUUACUCAAGGUCGUCAAGAUGCGAACCAGUGGGUCAAGUCAUACACUGUAUCGUACAGCAACAAUGGAAGAAACUUCAGAACGUACAGAGUCCGUCGCCGCGUCAGGGUGUUUUUGGGUAACUCAGGCAGAAACUCUAUAGUGGUCCGUGGCUUGAGGCCUUACAUAAGAGCUCGUUAUAUCAGACUCCAUCCACGCACAUGGCAAUCACACAUCUCUAUGAGAAUAGGAUUCAGAGGAAGACGACCAGGAGGAAUAGUUCGGCCACCACCUCACCGUAAUUCCAGAGCUCUUGGAAUGCAGAGCGGUCGUAUCCGUAACAACCAAAUCCGUGCAUCUUCAAGCUGGGACCGUAACCACGGUGCCUUCUUGGCCAGACUAAACAGACGUGCAAGAGGAAGAUACCAAGGUGGUUGGUCAGCAAGACAUAACAACCGUAACCAGUUUAUACAGGUAACGUUCAGAAGUCCAAAGAAGAUCGUUUCUAUAGCAACACAGGGUCGCCAGAAUGCUGACCAGUGGGUAAAAAAAUACUACAUUACAUACAGUAUGGAUGGUGUGCACUUUGUUCGAUAUUCAAGAGCACCGCGCACCGUUGUGUUCAAUGCCAACCGCAAUCGCAACUCCGUCAAGCGUAACCGAUUUAGUCCUGCCAUAUAUGCAAUAGCUGUUCGUCUUCAUCCAGUUAGCUGGCAUCGCCACAUUUCAUUGAGAAUGGAGUUGUAUGGAAGAAAUGCAAAUCCAAGAUACUUACCUCUUGGAGUUCAAGAUGGCCGUAUUCCUGACUCCGCUAUCACUGCCUCGUCCAUGUGGGACCGCAAACACAGACCAGCAAAUUCCAGGCUCAACUUAUAUCGACGAGGACAAGCAGGAGCAUGGUGUUCUAGACACAACCGACGUGGACAGUGGCUUCAAGUUGAUAUUGGAAGUCUUGCCCGAGUAACCGGUAUUGCUACCCAAGGACGGCAAGACUAUAAUCAGUGGGUGACAAGUUACUAUUUGGUAUAUAGUAGGGAUGGAUCGAGGUUUACAACAUACAGAGUUGGCAAAAGAAGAGCGGUCUUACGAGGCAACAGAAACAGGAACUCCAUAGUCUAUAACAAGCUCCGAAGACCAUUCACGGCUCGUUACGUUCGCAUCUUCCCACAAUCCUGGCAUGGCCACAUGUCUAUGAGAGUCGAGUUGUAUGGUCGCAGAUAUGGUAAACCUCGUCUACCUCGUCCUUGUGGUAUUUCCAAUGGCCGUCUGCCCAACAAAUACAUCACAGCAUCCAGCCAAUGGGACAAAAACCACGCCCCAUGGCUUGCUCGUCUGCAUCGUAAACGACGUGGACGUCAAGUUGGAGGAUGGUCAGCUCGUAGAAAUAACAAGAGACAAUGGAUUCAGUUUAACUUGGGAUCACCAAAGAAGAUCUACAAGGUCGUAACUCAAGGAAGAAGCGAUGCGAACCAAUGGGUGACAAGCUUUGUUGUCUUAUACAGUCAAGAUGGAAGGCGAUGGACAACUUACACAUCAAAAGGAAGAACAAAGGUCUUCCGAGGCAACAGAGAUCGCAACACCCUGAAAGAAAAUGUUUUCAAUCCUCCGAUUACAGCUACUUAUGUAAAAAUCAACCCAAGGACAUGGCGCGGUCACAUUUCACUAAGAGCAGAAUUUUAUGCUACCAAAGCAUCUUCAAACCAAGUUCCAAUUGGUGUCGAGGAUGGCAAGAUUCCUAACUCUGCCUUCAGUGCAUCAUCUCGAUGGGAUCGUUACCAUGGACCUCAUCUUGCCCGACUUAACAACGUAAGACGAGGACGAAAUGUUGGUGGAUGGUCUGCCAGGAAAAACAACAGACGACAAUGGAUUCAAGUUGACAUCGGAAGGAGGACGAUCAUCAGUAAGAUUCUUACUCAGGGUCGUCAAGAUGCGAACCAGUGGGUCAAGUCAUACACUGUGGCUUACAGCAACAAUGGAAGGCGCUUCACGACAUACAGAGCCCGCGGACGUGUCAGGGUAUUCCUUGGAAAUAGUGAUAGAAACACCAUCGUUGUUCGUAGACUGCGCCCCGUUAUCCGAGCUCGUUUCGUGAGGAUCAUUCCAAGAACAUGGCACGCGCAUAUCUCACUCAGAUUUGGAUUAAGGGGAAGACGACCAACUGGCAAACCAAUAGUCAGACCUCCAGGAAGACCCAUAGUAAGACCCACAAGAAGACCAACAAGGCGACCAGUUUACUCCAAGCUCCGUCACUGUCCAGUUACUCUGGAUCUUGGUUUCCUUAUCGAUGGAUCAAGCACCGUUGGACGACGAAACUUCCACUUGGUGAAACUCUUCCUCAGGAAAAUCGCAAGCACUUUUACCAUCACAAAACACCAAACACACGUUGGUCUUGUAACCUACUCCAACAGAGCUGAUGUAGCUAUGAGAAUGUAUUUUUCCGCAACGAGCCUGACUACAUCCAGCGUACAUUGGUGGUUGUGACAUCAGGACGCCCUGAUAGACGUUACUUUAGACGAAUACGUCGAAUAACACGCACCAUGGAGAGAAGGAAGGUCAAGAUCUUUAUCAUAAGACUUGGAUCAUACAGAAGAGGUUCAUUGCUUGGAAUGACGUACAAGGAUAAGAAUGCCUAUUACGUUCGCUCUUUCAACCAACUCCUUGCUCGUUCUGGAGACAUAGCCCGAGCUAUUUGCCAGCAACAGAAAAAGGAGAAAGACAUCUACAAGUUCAAAAGAAUGAUCUUGGAGAAGCCUCCUGUCAUCGUCAAAGCACAAGAAAAAGAAAAAGAAUCAGUACAUGCCUAGAGGAUUAAGAGAAAUCACCAUAUUUAAUGAACAAGAAUGAGAACGAAACCAUUAUAUGAAAGAGAUUUAUUAUUCAUUUUAGCGUAAAUGAUCAAAAAUUUAGAAGAAUUAGGCCUAGGGCAAACGUCGAACUUUCCAUGCACCGAACUCAUUAAAAACAAUGGAUAUCAGGUGAUAAUGAGACGGCAUUCUUUGAUGUAAUUAAGUUCCGUGCAUGGAAAGGUCGACGUUUGCCCUAGGCCUUAAAUGGUUAAGUUAAGACACUAUUUUCUUGGCUCUCAUAGAGCUUUUUUCUGAUUGAUCUAACUUCUCUAAUAUUUAGAAUUAAUCUGUAAAUUAGUAAUGUAGUCUGAGUAGCACUAAUAAAGUUCAAUGAACAUUUAA